CGCUGGUUGUCGAUAAACAUUUGCCUGAUUGCACGUAGACACUUUGAAGUCUUAACAAUUAGAAUUCUUUACGUUUAAAGCGUUGGUGAUUUAUUUAUUUAUUACUGAAGACUACUUAUGGCUUCAAAUGGAGCUCCUACUGAUUCGUUUGAGCACCCUAGCAAGGCGAAGCAAACGCAAACGAGGACGGACGAUCCAAGUAAAGCCCAAAUACCUGAUCCAGCUUCACAGACGGUAUUAACAGAAGGAGAAUCUCCAUCUCAAGAACGACAAGUAAGGGCUUCUUCUGAUGCAUCCGCCAGUAUGGAGUUAAAAUCUGAGCUUGAAUGUGUUGAUCAGGCUAGCAAGGAAAACCCAAUGCAGGUAUUUGCAAGUGGCAUGCUGAACACGAUUGGGCGUUCAUUAUCCGGAAUCUUUAAGACAAAAAAGACAGACACUACAAGUGACGCCACGCCUAUGACACUACCAGUUUCAGAUCAAUCCACACAACCGGUAUCAACAGAAGGAAAAUCGUCAGAAAGACCAGUUAUAGCUUCGGAUGAUCAUCCUACUGAAAUGUCAAAGAGCAAGGAUUUUGAGCUAUCGAGCGAAAUGGAACUUUCUCAGUCAACACCAACAGACAAUUCAAAUGAAGCUCCGCCUAUAACAACAAAUGAUCCAGCCCCACAACCGGUAUUAAAAGAAAAAGAAUCGCCGUCUUAUCAAGGGCCAGUAAUUGCUUCAAACGGAAAUCCUAUUGCGUCCACCUGCAGCGAAUUGAAAUUAUUUGAGCAAUCUAGCAAGGUGGAACCAACACAGACAACAUCGACAGACAAUCCAAAUGAAGCUUCGCCUAUGACAACAACUGAUCCAGCCCCACAACCGGUAUUUACAGAAGAAGAAUCGCCGUCUUCUCAAGGACCAGUUAUCGCUUCAAACAAUACCUCUUUUGAAGCGUCCGCCAAAACGGAUUUCAAGUCGAACCUUGAAUAUGCUAAUCAAACUAGCAAACGGGAACCAACACAGACAACACCGACAGACAAUCCAAAUGAAGCUUCGCCUAUGACAACAACUGAUUCAGCCUCAAAACUGGAACCAACAGAAGAAGAAUCGCCGUCUUCUAAAGGACCAGUUAUUGCUUUUGACGGAAAUCCUACUGUGUCGCCAGCCAGCAGCGAUUCGAAAUUAUGUGAGCAAUCUAGCAAGGUGGAACCAACACAGGCAAGAAACACAGACAAUCUGAAUGAAGAUCCACCUUUGAAAGAACCUGUUUCAUCACAACAACAGAUAUCACAAGAAGACUCGUCAACUAAAACAGAUCUAGAGUAUGUGUCGACGCACGAUUACAAUGUCUUCAAGACACCCCAAUGCCUAAUAAGCACGAGAGAAGACAAAGUCCUUGAAGUAUGCGGUAAAGUCCUUGACGAAAUAUCCCGCAUAGACAAACCGUGUGUCGUCGUUGCAAUUGCGGGUCUUUAUAGAACUGGAAAAUCUUAUUUGAUGAAUCGACUUGCUAAAGCCGAAUCAGGUUUUGCACUCGGUGACACAAUAGAGUCAAAGACGAAAGGCAUCUGGGUGUGGUGUAGAGACCAUCCCGAACAGAAGGACACUGUGCUUAUGCUUCUGGACACGGAAGGAUUGGGAGACGCUGAAAAGGGCGACGCAAACCAUGACAACCACAUUUUCACACUUGCUACACUGCUGUGCGGCACAUUGGUGUACAACAUGAAGGGAGCGUUUGAUCAGGACGCUGUAAACAAACUCACAUUUGUUUCUGAAGUGUCGAGAAACAUCAAAUUUGGCGGUCGAUGUGGUGAAGGAAACAGUCUUUUGCAAUGCGUCUUGCCUGGGUUUGUGCUCGCUUUGAGAGAUUUUUCGCUGAGAUUGAUCAAAGGUGGUAGGCAGAUAACAUCAGACGAAUACCUUGAAGAAUAUUUGGAAAGUAAUACGAGAAAAGAUGUUUCUUUCAACAAACCACGGGAAUGCAUCCGGAAAUUUUUUCCACAGGACAAACGGAGAUGUUUUGCGUUCCCUACCCCUGGAGAUAGUGAAACAUUGGAAAAACUAGAAAGCCUUACAUUUGAAGAGCUUUCACCGAGAUUUAAGACCGUUACAACUCUGUUUGUGUCAUAUAUCUACAGCCAGGAACCAAAACAACUCCAAGUUAGCAAACCAAUCAACGGACCAAUGUUUGUCACGCUAACAAGAAAUUAUGUGGACGCUUUUGCAAGAGGAUCUGUGCCUGAUGUUGACGAUACAUUUGCAAUGGUUGCUAAAAUCGAAAAUCAAAGAGUGAAAAACGAGUGCAUGCACAUGUUUCACUCCAAAAUGAAGGAAUUGCUGUUGCCUCUUCCAUCAAAAUUGCUUGAUAAACAUUUCACGGAUGCCCGAUGGUCUGCGCUUGAAUACAUGCGUACAAAUACUAUCAAGGAUAUCGCCAAUGCUGUUGAAAGAGAUGCUCAAAUGGAAAUGGACUUGUUCCAGCAACAGUGUCAACGAGCAAAUGAAGAGAAAAUAGAGGAACACUGUAGAAACAUACUUGACGGUAUGGAAUCCUUAUGUAAGCUGAAAGCGGGGUCGGAAAACAAAGAAUAUGAAGUCCUCGGAGGCCAUAGAAUUUUCAAACGAGACGUGGACAACGUUAGGAAAGAGUAUGAGCAAGCUCUUCUGCGAUAUGAACAAAGAGAGAUCGGAUUGGUUUGGAGUAGUUUUGCAAAUGAACUUUCUUCGGUUGAAGAUUAUAUCCUUGAUAAAGACAAUGAGCUUUCUCAGGAAGAAAAAAGGAGGGAGAAAGAAGAAAUUGCAAAUGCAAUGGAACAAAUGAGGGUCGAGAUGGCAGAGGACAAUCAGAAGGCUUUAGAAAGACAAAAGAAGGAUAUUGAUGAGCAACAACUAAAGUUGAAUGCAGAACGCGAAAGACGAGACAAAGAACAGGAAGACAAGCUUACAGGCUUUCAGAACAGGAUUGCAGCUCUUGAAACAAAUACGGAAGACCAACAGAAAUUACUUGAGCAAAUCCAAGCAUUGCGUGAGAAAGACAGGCGAGAACAUGAGGAAAAGACUAUUGAACUCGAGGAUAUGUAUAUACGUGAAAGGAAAAAACGGACAGAAGAAAAUGCAAAACACCAAGAGAAGUUAAGAAUUGAAAAGGAACAACGGGAAGGACUGGAGAAGAAGGAACGGGAACGAAAAGACAAGUUUGUAUCUACAAGAAUAUGGGAUGCUUUUUGGAAUUAUUAAGAUACGAUUUUUGAAUUAUAAUAAAAACCACGAUAUCUGGGAAAUUAACUAAGAGAAUUUACCUUAACAUUUUGAAUGUUGAAAAUAAUAUUACAGCAGGUCAUGAUCAUACUUUAAAAAUAGAUAUAUAUAUUUAUAUAUCGAUAUAUGUUUCCUAAACAUACCAGUAGUUUGUUGGCUAGGAAAUGCUGUAGCGUCGCUAAAAUCUCGAGACAGAAAAAACUGACACAACCUGAAAUAAAUAGCACUACCUUAUUUUACUCUCGCUAGCAGAAGUAAAUAUCAAGAAACAUAAUAUUCGAAUAAAGCAAGAAGCAGAUGACAGUUCCGAUCUAUUACGACAACAGGUUCACUAGUUGUUUGCCAUUUCUAAGAUCAUCAAUUGUAACAUAACCAUUAACAAAUCGUAUUGAGCAAAUCGCCAAAAUAGGCGAAUUCGCAUCAUUCAAAUGUAUAGUGAUGAUCUUGAAAACUUCCCUCAGUUUGCAUUUAGUGAUCGUCAAGUGACCCUUCUAAAAUUCACUUUCGACAACGUUGCUAACAUGGCCACGCUGACGCUUCGUCUUUUUGAAAUGAUGAUUUGCAUAUAUGCGUGAAAAAGUACUGUAAAUGUAUGUUAUUCGUGUGUGCUGUGACAUUUAAUAUAACUAUUUUUAUGUAACAAAAUGUUUUAUUUUGCUGAAAAAUAAAACCUUUUUUAUUAUGAUGAUGCUCUAUGGACUUGAUUCGCUUAAUAGAAAAAAUCAGAAACUGAUUUAUGUCAUCGAGAUACAUUCAUAGUAACUGUAUUUAAAGGUGGUAGUAGAGGAAACGUUUAGAUUUUCAAACUAAAAUUAUAAAAUAAAAAUCUUGAUUGUUCUCCCUAACUUUAAUUAUUGAACUUGAAGCGAUAUACAUUUUUCUCGUCAUCGGUUACAAAUAAACUCUCGCCGGAACGCUUUCAUAUCAACACUAAAUGCACAAUGAAAGACAAAGAAGAUUGGUUUCACGAUCAAUUCUAGGACGCGAACGUAUUUUCAGUCUAACUCCGAUAAUGAGAAUUAGCAUUUAGUAAUCAGGUUUCGCUUUUACAAUUUGCGUAAAAUAAUAAGCCUGAAAAAGGUAACAGAGCCAAUAAUAAUAAUUAUAUUUUUAUCCGUCUGAAUUUGUUAAACUGAAACGAAUCUGUUUCCGGUGUAGGAUCAACCAGGUUGUUUGUUCUGAUUUAUGCAUUCUAUAUUGCUUGAAUCAUGCCGUGUGUUUAAAAUGAGAAUAUUCUAACAAGUUUUAAGGUGUUUCUUUUCGAUUUAGUUUGUAUUAGGACAAAGAUUAAUCAAUUGACAUGACGUCGACACAAACUCGCAUAAAUAUCCUAAUGUGCAUUCAAUUUUGGGACCAAAAUGCAAUCGAACUCAGUUUGCUUAAACUUAUCAACAGUAUAGGUAAUCAUAACAUUAUUCUCUAAUUACUCAUUGUACUCGAUACGAGUUAAUUUUUGCCGAUUCGGUGUUUCACGAGGCAAUAUAUUUGAUUUUUAAGACCUUGCAUUGUUUCUGUGUCAUUAUUAACUAAAUACUUUUAUUAAAAAUAUACUAUUUUGCGUCUUGUCAGAACAUGAAACUACCUUAAGAGAUACACUUACCUACCGGGACAUCGGAAAACCGAAAACGUCUUCUUCUUCUUCUUUUGCUUUUUUUUGUUACCGACAGUUGUCUUCAUUCGAGUUAAGCGUCAUGAAAAUUGAAUAAUCAUCUUACUUGGUCGAAAAUGUGUAUAAAUGUGUAGACCUUUAUUAGUAAUGAAUUAUUGUGUACUAUUAAUCUCUGACUAGUAAACGUUGUCAAUUAAAGCUGAACUAAACAAAAGGGAAACCACAAAAAUUGGAAGCGUUUAUCUCUGCUAAUAUUUAGUCAUAAUGCUCAAUUCGUAUUAGUCAUUUGCUCGGGAUUAUUAUAGUGGUUGAAGGCUUUCGUGUUUCCUCACCAAUAUUUAUUUAAAAUUAUUCGGCUUGCUCCAAUUUAACGUAUUCAAUUGAAGUGAUCUUUUAUUUCGCACGAUUCUUAACCGAAAAGCACCAAACGUUACAUAUUGUUACGCCGGAGCUUUAUUAUUCUUAUAUUUGAUGUCAAAAAAUAGAUCUGACGAUACCUGAUUUUGAUUUGCGGUAUAAUAGUCUUAUAAGCCUGCGACCUACAGCCUAAAAUCGACAUAAUGCUAUAAUGAAAUAAAAUGAAAGCUUUUGGGGUUAAUGUCAGAAUAAAAAGAUGAUAGCGAGAAAACUUAACCUAAAUUUUAUGAUGUUAUGUAUUUCAUAUAAUAGGGUUAAAUCUUUUAUGAAGAAAAUAUCUGAUAAAACAUAUUGUUUUAUUAACUCAGAUCUGGUGAACAUUAAGAAAAUGAAUGAAUGAAACAGGUUAAACGUCUGAUUUCUUAUACUUAUAGUGUUUAUUUCUUAUCUUAAAAGUAAGUUAGGGUUAUCAUGAAAGGCAUUUUAAAAUAAUCGUUUGUUUGUCAGAGGUAAAUACAUUUAUUUUUAUUUUUUUGCUGUUGUUUUUAACGUAUACGUAGUGUUUAGUUUUAAGAUUGUAUGAUUUCUUUGAUGUGAGGUUUCAAUAAAAUGAGUGUAUUCUA